AAAAUGAUCAAAUGUCAUUGUAAAAUUUGUAUGCAAGCGUCUUGUGAAUUUGUUUUGUGCAUUUUCUGUUUAAAUUUAUCAGUUAAUCUGAUCUGAUUCCCACCAUCAGGGCUUUGCUUCCUUACGUGUUUCUUCAAGGAAGUACUGCUACUUUUCAGGAUGCCCGAGAUGCCGCCGCUGCCAGAGGGCUGGGAGGCCAAGACCAGCCGGUCGACGGGCAUGACGUACUUCCUCAAUGUGCACACGAAGAAGUCCCAGUGGGAGCGCCCCGAGGCGCCGGCCGAGGCCGCCGACAUCCGCUGCAGCCACAUCCUCGUCAAGCACUGCGACAGCCGCCGCCCGAGCUCCUGGCGCGAAGACAAGAUCACCCGCACCAAGCAAGAAGCCCUAGAACUGAUCAAAACCUACCGCAAGCAACUGGUUGCGCGCUCCAAGAAGUUCAAUGAGAUUGCGUCAAAGUACUCUGAUUGUUCAUCGGCUAAACGAGGCGGGGAUCUCGGCAGUUUUGGACGAGGGCAGAUGCAGAAGCCGUUUGAAGAGGAAUCGUUCAAGCUGAAAGUGGGACAGCUUAGUCAGCCCGUGGAGACUGACUCGGGGUAUCAUCUCAUCUUGCGGACAGUGUAAACUGCUUCCCAUUUAAUUGUAUGAAUGUAUAUCUUAAGUUCUCUCUGAAUUAUGAUGCGAAUGAGUAAAUAUUUAGUAAGGGAUAAUGAAAGGAGUAAUGCAGCUGUAUUUGGUUGAAAUUUCCCUCAGAUUGUGUUGGCAUUCCAUUGUUUGAAAUGCCUAUGUCCUACCUAUGCAAAUGUAUGCAGUAUUAAUAUGAGACUGUAUAGAGCAGAAUCUCAAACUCAUGCUAUAAAACCUAAUUCUUCCUACUCUGUAUAACAUAUUUCAAGAUACAUUUUGUGUUUUAUGAAUAAACAAGGAUUGCAUUUUAGCUCAUAUUUGCCAUAGCGGCUUAGUUUCCUAUUUAGCCACGAAAUUGGAUUGACUAAAUGCAACUUGCAAUCUUUGUAUAAUCAUGAACUAGACAUGAAGUAGGUAAUAAUGUCGAAAAGUAAUUAAUAAUUUAGCUAUACAUAUAGCAUAGUAUAUUAAACUUUGUAAUGUGCAGAAUGGAACAAAUGUUAUGUUACUGGCCCAAAGAUAUACUGAACAACAAUUGCAUCUAAUAAAUCUAGAUCAUUGAUAGAGAAACCCAUAUACUUAAC